AUGAGGCCUUUGAAGGAAAGGCCAAGAUUAGGUGAGAGCAGUUCUCACACUGGCUUUUUUCUCCAGGUGGUCGCAUUCUUGGCUAUGAUGCUGGGAACCCACACCCUUAGUUUUCGACUCCGGAAGGACUGCAGCCACUGGCCCAGCUGUGGUCCCAGCAAAGGGCAGGAUCUCUCUGAGGACUUGUUGCAGGGGCCAACUGUGUUCAUGUCUCCCCCGGAGCCUGAGAGCCUUGCCCAGCACCCAGAAUCCUGCAGGGCCAGUGAAGACGGACCCCUCAAUAGCAGGGCCAUCUCCCCCUGGAGAUAUGAGUUGGACAGGGACUUGAACCGGCUCCCCCAGGAUCUGUAUCACGCCCGUUGCCUGUGUCCACACUGCGUCAGCCUACAGACAGGCUCUCACAUGGACCCUCUGGGCAACUCGGAGCUGCUCUACCACAACCAGACCGUCUUCUACCGGCGUCCAUGCCAUGGUGAAAGGGGCACCCACCAUGGCUACUGCCUGGAGCGUAGGCUCUACCGCGUCUCCUUGGCUUGUGUGUGUGUACGGCCCCGUGUGAUGGCCUAG